GUGGUAGUGACACCCUACUGGUGGUGGUGACAUCUUACUGGUGGUGGUGACACAGAGAGAGUGAGGGAGAUUAAUGAAACAAAGAUUGAUGGAAGAACGAUUUAGACGGAAUGAGAAAAUAAAAGAGAUAAGUAGAAGAGAAAUAAUGAAUGAAUGAGGAUACUGAAAGUAGAUACAAAUAUGAGAUAAGAGUGUGAGAGACAGAACGAAUACAGGGGAAGACGAAGAAUAUAUAUACAUUAAAUGAACGAGGAAGGAACACCUUGGAAGAAUUUUAAUAAGAUAGAGACGAUGACUGAAACAGGGAGAUAUAUCGCGCACGACGCGACUCGUAUGUUUAUCUGCCAUGUUGUUGUAAACAAACGGUGGUGAUACGUUGACCUUGUUACUGUGUUAGUUGUACUGUGUUACGUGAAGAUGCCUCGUGUGAUGAUCAAGGGAGGUGUGUGGAGGAACACCGAGGAUGAAAUCCUCAAAGCGGCUGUUAUGAAAUAUGGCAAAAAUCAGUGGUCGCGUAUUGCAUCACUGCUUCAUCGCAAGUCUGCCAAACAAUGCAAGGCACGAUGGUUUGAGUGGCUGGAUCCAAGCAUCAAAAAAACAGAAUGGAGUCGGGAGGAAGAUGAGAAGCUGCUGCAUCUGGCCAAGCUGAUGCCAACACAGUGGAGGACAAUUGCUCCCAUCAUUGGUCGCACAGCUGCACAGUGUCUGGAGCGUUAUGAGUACUUACUUGACCAGGCUCAGAAAGGGGAAGAUGAAGAGAGUGUUGACGACCCAAGGAAACUCAAACCUGGAGAGAUUGACCCGAAUCCAGAGACGAAGCCUGCUAGACCCGACCCUAAAGACAUGGACGAGGACGAACUGGAGAUGUUGUCCGAGGCACGAGCUCGUCUGGCCAACACCCAGGGCAAGAAAGCAAAGAGGAAGGCUCGUGAAAAACAACUAGAAGAAGCACGACGACUGGCUGCUCUGCAGAAGCGUAGGGAACUCAGAGCUGCUGGGAUUGAUCUACCUCAAAAACGAAAAAAGCGGAAGGGAGUCGAUUACAAUGAGGAAAUUCCAUUUGAGAAGAAGCCUGCAUCGGGAUUUUAUGAUACAUCACAAGAAACAUAUGAUCCCAUGCAGCCCAACUUUAAACGCCUUCGACAGCAGCAUCUUGAUGGAGACCUGCGAUCUGAGAAGGAGGACCGGGAGAGGAAAAAGGAUAAACAAAAGUUAAAGGAACGUAAAGAACAAGGCGUUCCCAACUCUGUGUUUGAAAACGGGGAGUCCAAAACCAAGAGGAGUAAAUUAGUGUUGUCUUCACCACAAAUAUCAGAAGAAGAGUUGGAACAGGUUGUAAAAUUAGGAAAGGCUUCAGAGGCUGCAAGGGAACUGGCAGAAGAAGUGGGGGGAAGUGGCGCAUCUCAGGCCUUGUUAGCCGAGUAUAAUGUGACUCCUGGUCAAGCCAUCCGUACCCCUCGAACACCAGCCGACAUGGACCGUGUGAUGCAGGGAGCACACGAUAUCAUGGCUCUGACCCAUGUUGACACACCAUUGAAGGGAGGCAUGAACACUCCUCUCAAUCAACAAGAUUUUGGUGGUGUUGAACCCAACAAAGUUGCUGUUCAGACUCCUAACACAGUUCUAGGCACACCAUUCCGGACACCUUCUGGCACUCAGAUAAGUACUCCUGGUCGAACACCCGGAGCGCUUACUCCCAGAGGCCAAUCAGUACCCCCAGGAGCAACUCCAGGAGCAACACCAAUCAGGGACAAGCUAAAUAUAAAUGAAGAAGGUGCCCUUGUACCCAUAGAUGAUCGUCAGGCUCUCAAGGCUUAUCAACGUAACAUGAGGGAAGCCCUUCAGUCAGGCCUUAAGUCACUUCCAGCACCAAAGAAUGACUUUGAGAUUGUUGUACCGGAUCAAGAGGAUGGUCAGCCAGGUGAUGAGGACAAGGACCGCGGAGAAGCCAUGAUAGAGGAUCAGGCAGAUUUGGAUGCCAGGGCUGUGGCAGAUGCUGCUGCCCGUAGAGAUGCUGAAAUGAAAAAGCGGUCACAGGCAGUGCAAAGGAAUUUACCUAGGCCUCAGGAGGUUAAUUCAUCUGUGUUACGGCCCAUGCAUGCAGAUAUCCACCUUUCAGAUCAACAGAAGGCAGAAGAAUUGAUAAAGCGUGAGAUGGUGACCAUGCUUCAUUAUGAUGCCUUGCACACUCCUGCUGGGCCUCCCACUCGCAAAGGCAGUGUAGUGGCAGAAGCACAGCACCGUGACCAUCUUGAGAGACAUCCAUAUAAGCGUUACACCGAGGCUGAAAUCGAGGAGUCCAAGGAAAUGCUCAAGUCAGAGAUGAAUGUGGUCAAGCAAGGAAUGGGUCAUGGUGAUCUUACUCUGGAUGCAUAUUCCCAGGUUUGGGAAGAAUGUUUGGCUCAAGUGUUGUUCCUGCCAAGUCAGAGUAAAUACACACGAGCAAGUUUGGCCAGUAAGAAGGACAGGAUUGAAUCUCUAGAAAAAAGAUUAGAACAGAACAGACAACACAUGGCCAAACAAGCCAAGCUAGCAGCUAAAUUAGAAAAGAAACUCAAAAUAUUAAUGGGUGGAUAUCAGGUAAGUUAUUUUCUGUGCACAGCAAACCCUUGAUUUAUGCAGUGGUUAUGUUUCUGUAAAACACUGCACAAAGAGAAUUAGCAUAAAAAAUACCUUGUGACUGUGGAAAAUACCAAACUUGACAAUCUAAAAAUAAGAACCACUAUUAAGGCUCAUAGCACUGUAUAGAAAACACUGAUUAAGUUUCAGCAAUGCCAUUCACAUCUGACAUCACCACCACAUACACUUCUUGUUGGUGUAGUAUUUAUAAACGUAAGAGAACAAUAUGUUUUUGUUUGGGUAUAUAUUCUCUGUUAUUGCAGCUAAAAUCUUAGCAGUGAUUAGUGUAAACACAAGUUUGAAGAUUACACUUAUGUGCACUGUGUGCUAAAACAGAUGGAAACAGUGGCAAGUUGGGAGGAACAUUUACAAUAUGUACUGUUUAGUAUCGUCUGAUAAUUAUUGUGGUAUUUUAAGACAUUUGGAGGCUACUUUUUUUUUAGGAACAUAUCUCGGUUUUAGCAAUGGGAGUCAUGGGGAAAUGUGGCUCAGUUUAUUAGAGGGUUAUCUUUUCCAGUAGCGGGUAUUGUACUUAUAUUGAAUUUUUUAAGAAAACAAAAAGAAGAGGAUAAUACAUUGUCAUUUUUAAGAUUGUAUCAGACAACACUGUACUGUACUUUCAUUUGUGUUAUAGUUCAUGUAGUCUUAUCCUUUACUCUUUAGUAUAGUACAUAUACAGGGGUCCCCGGGUUACGAAUGGGUUCCGUUCCUGAGGACAUUCGUACGUCGAAAAUGUACGCAAGUCAUAACACAUGUUAUGUGCAUAGCGUACUUACAGAACAAUGUUUAAAAUCCCAUUAUAUCAUUGCCUAAAUCCUUUUAUACAUCUAAAAUCACUUAAUUUAAGAGAAAAGAAGAAAUAGAAUGACAAAAUACAGUAUAUGAAAUUAAAAAAUAAGUCAUGAGGUUAAUAAAAAGUGAUAUCUCCGUUAGUCGGAACAAUUGGUGCAGAGCACUUCCGGGAAUGAGAGAUUCUGGGUAAUGAGACGACUCGCAAAGCUGGAAAAAUACACUUCAUCCCCGGAAUUUUCCGGCCAUUGGAGUGUUCCGGGUUUGAGGGAUUCCGGCUAAUGGAGAUAUCACUGUAAAUUUAAAGUUCGUAUUGGCAGGCGUUCGUAAGUCAGGGACCCCCUAGUAUAGUAUAAUAUAUAAUAUAAUAUAGUAUAGUACUGUAUAGGCAUAUGGAAGUUAUACAUAUUGAGAGCAUAGGCCAAGACUGUAUGUAUGGGUUAAACAGUAAGGUUUGGAAGUAUCUUUAAUUAAUGCCAAAAUAACAAGUGUGGAUCAUUUCACUGAGGUCAUUUUACAAGUGAUUGUACUAACAAGACAAUGCAAUUUAAUGGUAACAUGAAGGAACCUGACAGCUCAAUUUAGCAGUAACAUGAUAAUGCAAUUAACUGUAACAUAAAGUACUGUAACAUGAUAAUGCAAUUAACUGUAAUAUGAAGUAACAUGACAAUGCAAUUUUGCAAUAACAUGUAGAAACAGGACAAAUCAAUUUAGUAUGUACUGUACAGUGAAAUGCUAUGAAGUGUUCUGAACAAGUAUGGAUGCUCUAGAUUUACCUUGUACUAUAUGUGUAAUUUGAUGAUCUAAGGAAUUUCUACUUAUUCUAAUAAUUUUCAUAAUGUCUUCUGCCCUUGUUCUGGUCAGAUUUCUAUAUUAAAAGUUAUCUACCCUUUGAUUCACCUCACUCAAAUGGGAAAGGAAUACAGUACAAUAAUAGAUGGAUUUCAAAUUUGACCCAGUGAGUGCAACAUACAGUUAAUGUGUGUGUACUGUACAACACUGUGGAGGUGUUUAAUACUUUUUUAUUUUUGUAGAAUAUUGUGUAUUAAAUCUUGUAAUUUUUUAGCUCCUGUCACAUACUGUUUCUUGAGGACAUACGUUUUGUAUACAGUGGUCCCUCGGUUAUGAGCACAAUCGGUUCCAGCAGGUUGCUCGUUAACCGAAACCAUCAUUU